AUAAAUCAUUUUCUAUUCACAAUGUAUGAGCGAUACAAUCGUGUUCAAAAAGUCUGCGAAUGUCUGUGAUCAAUAAAUUAAUGGUCGAAUUUUUAACUAUAAACUUUACUGAUUCUGAAAUUUCGCUAACCGCUCUACUUUCCAAUAAAAAACAGAUCGUAUUUAAUAUUAUCUUUUCACGCGAGUAGCGUUUAACAUUAUAAAAGCGAAAAUUCGUUAACAACACGUGCGACAAUACUAAUUGCAGUGAGUCUACAUCUCGCUCCACAUUUCUUUCUUCUGUAUUGGAAUAGUCACAAAAGAAUAAUUAUCUCAUGAACAUUGACAUCCUUUGUUCGAUGAACAACUCGUUAGAACUCUAUUUCACGAUCUAACAAGCGUUUUAUGUAUUCGUCUAAUGCGACACAUUGCUUUACUCAAACACGGUCAAUCGACAACCAAUCGAUAAUCUAUUUUACGUGCUAACGCCAUUGCUCAACAUUUCAUAAACGCUCGCUUCUAGAAAUUUUCUUGCCGGGCAGUAGUGAUUCUCACUGCGUAUUGCACAGCAACUGACUGAUUCUACUCGGGAACCAACAAGCACGAUGCUCAAAAUUAUUCUCCUCUUUCUUUAUUCGAUCUCGAUUUCACUUCACGAAGGCCAUGCUUUAGUGAAAGACAGUCGUCCACAUAACUCCUUCAUUCUCCUUGGUGCUUCGGGAGACCUUUCUAAACGUAAAAUCUAUCCGGCACUGUGGACUCUCUAUCGCGACAACUUGCUUCUACCCAACACGAGGUUCUUCGGUUUUGCAAGAACGCCACGCUCCGUCGACUAUAUACGUAACAAUUGCGAGCCUUACGUUACGCUACGACCUGGCGAAGAGCAACUGUACGAUGAAUUUUGGAAAUUCAACUACUUUGUCAAUGGGACUGACGGUGGCGAGCAAGAUUACGCGGUCAUUGAUCAAUUUGUUGAGAAGUUUGAAGAUGGUCAAGAGGGUAAUAGGAUUUUUUACAUGGCUAUACCUCCCGAUAUUUUUCCCAAUGCCAGUAGGUUUAUCAAGAAGAAUGCGAUGUCUAAGAGAGGGUACACUCGAGUAGUGAUAGAAAAGCCAUUCGGCCGUGACUCCGAAAGUGGAAAAGAACUUGCCGAUAUCGUUGAGCAACUUUACACGGAAGACCAAGUUUAUCGACUGGAUAGUUUCUUAGGCUAUGAUAUAGUGAAAAAUCUUGUCUUGCUACGCUUUGGUAAUAGAAUUUUUAUGCCUGGUUGGAAUAAAGAAAACGUUGCAUCCGUCAAAAUUGACUUUGCUGAAGACAUUGGAGUAGAGGGUCGUGGAAACUUUUUCGACAGGAAUGGUGUGAUUCGAGAUGUCGUGCAAAACCAUUUGCUUCAGUUGCUGUCGGUGAUUGCCAUGGAUGAACCUGCCUCAUUACAUCCCGAUGAAAUAAAAAACGCCAAAGUAGAGCUAUUAAAAAGUAUCAAAGAAAUCGUUAUGGACGACGUUGUAAUUGGCCAGUAUAUUGCUAAUCCUGACUCUAAGGAUUCAAAACAGAAAAUUGGUUAUAGAGACGAUCCAACUGUACCUAAUGACUCUAUCACCGCCACUUUUUCACUAACUAUUCUUAAAAUCGAGAAUGAGAGAUGGAAGGGUGUGCCUUUUAUCAUCAGAUCUGGAAAAGGUUUGAACGCGAAUCGCAACCAAGCAAUCAUUCAGUUUAAGAACGCUUCCAAGAAUUUGUUUGGUAAUCAAUUGAAGAGGAACGAAUUAGUUAUCAAACUAACAGAUCCACAUGCUCUUGAAACUAAAAUUGCAUCGAAAGUUCCUGGUUACUCGAACGACGUUGAAAAUAUUUCUAUCGACGUAAAUUUCAGCAAACUGCAUCCGGGAAUUCAAAUACCAAAACCGUAUGAGACGUUAAUUCGUGACGUCUUUAAAGGCUCUCAAUCGAAUUUUGCACGCGCCGAUGAGCUUCUUGAAGCUUGGAGAAUCUUCACUCCUAUACUUCAUGAAAUUGAAGAAAAGAAAAUUCGACCAAUAGAGUACAAAUUUGGAUCGGAUGGACCUUUGCAAGCCGACGAGAUGGAAAAGAAAAAUAAUUUUUUGCACUAAAUGCAUGUGAAGUAGAAUUAAUUCAUUUUCAACGGGAUACAUUAUAUUUUGUCGUAAUUUUCCUCGAAAAAUUCAUGAUAUAAUAAAUUACCU